AUGUUACUAGACCUUGACUUGCUCAACAAUGGACUAGAAAAUGUUUUUGUUAUAGACUCCAAAGAUCUUGACCUCAAUGUUCACAAACGUGUUAAACGUGAUUUAGGGUUGGCCGACACAGACAAAACUGAAGCAACAAAAACUACCGCUGAGAACGAAAAUAUGGAGGCAAAAGAACAACAACAAGAAAAACUUCAAAGUGUAACUCACUCAAAUAAAUUGGAUGAAUCAAAAGUUGUUAAAUACUCAUCUAAAUUCUCUUCAAAUGCCGAUGAAACUAUGCUACAAAUAGAGAGUUUGGUAAAGGAAUUGUAUGGUCCCGAGGUAAGAGCCUCUAGCACAGACGAUUUAAUGGAACUAAUGCAAACAAAAGUAACUCAAGAAUUAAAACUCUCAAAAAUGGUAUUGGAGCAACAUAAAACAGAGACCACAGAGGCUGCUGAUGAUUCAACAACUUUAAAAUCUAAUGAAAAUACUGAAAGUAGUAGGGUACAUUUAGAUAUUCCUACAAAUUUAGAAACUCUUAAUAGUCUCUCAAAUCAAGAAGCUUUUACUGAACGUUUUGUUGAAACUCUUGAAGAUUCUAAUCCAACAAACAAUUUGCAGGAAUCUUCAGAUCUGGACAAUGAUAAAUCAGAGAAAGACCAAAUAAAAACCACCAAUUAUCCAGAAACUCAAACAGAAAUCCUUAAAUUUUCCCGAGAACCGGAAGAUUUGGAAUAUCUAGAUACUGGUGACAAUGUAGCGGCGGAAUCUACACGCACCAUAAGACAAUUAAGACCUUAUACUGGACGUUCCAGGGCUCAAUGGUUGGGAGGAGCAGCGGCGGGCACCAACUAUCGCUCUAUAGAUUCUAAUCCUUUUCAACAACAACCUCAGUCUCAGUCAUAUUCAUUUGGAGCCUUCAAUCCCUAUCUCUCACCUCCUGCUACACCCACAUAUGCAGCUCUCAACUCGGUUAAUGCCCAGUAUAAACCCAAUACAUUUCAGCAAAGUUUUCCUCAAAACGGCAACUACAAACAGCAAAAACCCAAAGUUGUCUAUACAGGUUAUAACUUAUCUUUACCUCCUCCAAAAACCACAACUAGCGACAAUGAUUUCCGACCAGUAGUGGGUAAAUAUUACAGCACUGCAUCGACUAGCACCACCGGCAGACCUUCGUAUCUGAAAAAUACCGAUUUACUGCCUUAUAUCUUGAAAUCUCUGCAGGAACUGAAGGAACAACGUAAGAAACUGCAGGCUGAAAAUUACAGUUAUUUCCAUUUGGACAAUCAACAAACUACCCUAAGACCCUUAAACGACUACAAAUCUACCACGCAGAAAGUUACGCCCAAUUCGCAUUUCUCGCAAAUCAGCACUGUGGGAGGAUUUUACAAUAAUAAACAUUUCCAGCAGCAACCAAACAAACACUAUCAAAAUAAUAAUCCCUAUAUUAGCAAUAUUAUACCUACCACCACGGAAAGCAAUUAUUUCCAAUACAAUUUAAUAGGCAAUCAACAAAUGAAGAAUUUCUACAGCACUCUAAAGCCACAAAGUAGCAGUUUUGAUUUUACCACGCCCUCGCCCAUAAAUUCCAAUUUUAAUAUUAUAAAUCCUCCCAAGUUGCAACAGGGAAAUUAUGUAGACUUUGGUAAAUUUUCGAAUGGUCUUAGUUACAGCAAUACCUCUUCGACUAUACCAGAAUCGUAUCAAACUUUUGGUACGCCUCUCUCCACCACCGUUAGAGCAAAACCUUUACAUGAAUCAUCCUCCAAUAAUCCUCUUAAACUACAAUUUAAUCUACCCGAUUUUCUUACAAAUCUACAAACUAAAGAUAUGGCCCAUCUCAAUCCAGCUGUGGCCGAUAUGCUGAAUUAUUUUAAGGCUGUUAAUAAGCCAUUGGAUGCCUCGAAAGGUGGUAUAUUGGCUACCAAAAUUAAAUCUUCUCAGCCUGUUUUACAUAUAAAUGAAAUACAUCCGAAACCUAUUAGUUCCACCAAAAGACCCAUUAAAGGCUAUGAAAGUUUCCUUAAUAGUUUGAAUAAACCCAGCACUACAAAAACCAGCACUAACAAGCCUUUCUCUGCCACAUUAAACCAAGAAGAAUAUUAUGAUGAAUAUGAGGAGGAAGAAAAUGAAUCCGCCGGCAAUGAUGCUGAUGAAGAUGUUCAGCCACCCUCAGAAAUGCCUCCCUAUAUGCCAAUGACAGAGACCAUGGCUCCUCCAAGAUCACAAAUGAUGCCUGGUCCCAAGCCCACCGAUAACCCGAACAACAAAAAUCAACAAAACUACAAUACCGGCUACUUCCCAGCUACCACAACUAGAAGACCUUUAUUCAAGCCUAAUUUUGAACAAUUCUAUCAACCGCAAACCAAUACCCAGGCCAAUCCUAAUCAAAUACCCUCAUUCAUCAAUUUUCCCUCCGACUAUUUCCAAGAAAUCAAACAAAAACUGCCCACAAGACAACAAACUGCACAAAUACCUCAACUUAGUGUUAAGCCAACGAUCUCAACAACAACAACACGACUGACCUCUACAACCACGGCACGUAUAACCUCUAGCUCCUCCACGACCACUACCACAACUCCACGACCCAUGACUACUACAGCUACUACGCCCCGCAUGCGUUAUACAAUACGACCAAAUCGUUUUCGCGGACAAAACAGAUGGCAAUCGUCGGUGAAUAAUAGCAACACUAAUAGUAAUACGAACAACAACAGUACGGCCAUUAAAACUUUGACCUUAGACUUGAAGGAAAACCCUUUGAUCUUAAGAAAACGUCCCACAUCAUUGGCUUCUAGUAGUAUGGGCUCCAAUACGGGAACUGGCAGCAAUAUGGACUCUAACGGACAAAAUCACAGCAACAGGUACAGUGUGUUAAAAAACCAAAAUAAUACUAUAUGUCUUUAAAAAAAACUACAACAAUCAAUCAAAAAGAAAAAAAAGAAACUAAUUGUGUUUUUAACCCUGUUCCCUAUUUUUUAUAUGUGUGGGGGAAAGGUUUUAUUUAACUCGUUCCUUCCUGUUUACCCUAAAACAGUGAUGUUUGAACCCA